UUACAAAUCGUAGAGUCGAUACCAACCAAUGUGACCUUUCAUAAUUUCACCGAAAAUAUGUCAACUUAUGAGGCGUGGAAACGUUUGCUGAACAGUGCCAAGAGCACAUUGGAUGUGGCAUCGCUCUACUGGGAUUUGCGUGAUACCACUAAUUAUCCAACAUCAUGGCAGGUCAGUGCUACCGCACAAUUUGCAUUCGUCAAUUUCUUAAAGCCAUUGACAGUCACAGCUUAA